AUGACCGUGGAGUUAUUUGGGAUCAUGGGCUUCCUGGGCAUCAAACUCAGUGCCAUCCCCGUGGUGAUCCUCGUGGCCUCCGUGGGCAUUGGUGUGGAGUUCACGGCUCACGUGGCUCUGGGCUUUCUGACAGCCACAGGCAGCCGGGAUGUGCGCUCAGCCCAGGCCUUGGAGCACAUGUUUGCCCCCGUCAUGGAUGGGGCCGUAUCCACGCUACUGGGCCUGCUCAUGCUGGCCGGCUCCGACUUUGACUUCAUCGUCAGGUACUUCUUUGUGGUGCUGACCGUUCUGACAGGCCUGGGGCUACUUCAUGGACUCGUCCUGCUCCCCGUGCUUCUGUCCAUCCUGGGACCCCCGCCCCAGGUGUCUGUGCCCAAAGGAGGCAGCCGCCGGCCCUGCCCAGACCCAGUGUCACUGCCUCUCGGUCCUGCUCACUUCUUCCUGGGCCCGAGCCCAGCCUUCAGGGCACCCGAGACAGGAGCAGGGGAUGCAUCGAGCACCUUCAUCCUGCCCCCAGCCCACUCCCAUAUCUUGGUGGAGGCCAGCAAGGACCCCAGCUUCCCUACCAUCACGGUGGUACAGACCUACAAGGACAGCCCUCCCGGCCCUGGCCUCCCCUCCCUCACGGCCUCCGGGGGAACGGAGGCCCGCUGGGGCCCUCAUGCGAGCCCUGCUGCCUUCACCACUCUGACAGCCUCAGUCACAGUGGCCCUCCACCCACCCCCACUGCCAGGCAGCUACGUCCAGGAGGUCUCUGAGGAACCCAGGCAUCCCAUGGCCAGCUAUGCCUCUGGGCCGGAGCCCAAAGGCCCUGGCUCCCGCUGCUAGGAAGGUCCUGGCAGCAUCUAUGCAAAGCAGCUCCAUUGUUCCUCCAAGGGAGGAGUGAGUGUGUGUGUGUGAGAGAGAGAGUGUGUGAGAGAGAGGGUGUCCCUGAGCACUCAGCUGGCCCCUCCACAGCCGCCCCGGGGGCUUCAGGGAGACCUGUGCUGGGGGCCCAUCCUUUCCUCUGAAGGGUGGGGGGCUCCGUCUGUCCAUCUGUCUGUCUGUGUCCGUGCCUGCCCCUUUCCUGCCCCAGAAGUUAUUUAUAUGAAGAGGUUUAUUUUUGUAAAGCUGAUGGUUCAGCUGUAAAUCUUAUUUUUAAAGAGUAAAUAUAUACAUAUCUAUUCUCUCUA